ACGAAAGUGACAAAAGAGAGAAAAAGCAAAAACAUUGAGAUAGAUAAAGAAGCGUGUGUAAUAAUACUAUGACUAAAUCAGUAUUGCUGUUUCGACGACAACCGCAAGGAACAGUGAUGUAGGUUGUUUGUUUCUCACCCCAGAGUUCGAGACAAUUAUUUAAUUCUUUAUUAUAAAAUUUCUUGUUAUAUCAAUGCGUUGUUACGUUGCAAUAUCGUCGAGUUUUCUAUCACAAAGUGUGACCGUCGCAACGAAUCGUUUACGACUACGUUACUACGUGUUUCUCAUUAUUGUCACUGUCAUUGUCAACGUUGUCGUCAUCAUCGUUGUCGCAGCUGUCGCCGUCGCGUUGGUGUUAUUAUCACUAUUUGUUGCAAGAAGUGCCUUUCCUGACUGUCGUUCAGCUGCGCGAGUGACCUGAUAUCGCCGAAGGCGACGACUGUGCAGUCAUCUACUCAGCUAUCACGCGAUGUUCUUGCAGAUCUAUGUUUUCGUCCACUUCUGUCUAUACACCGUGUGAAGUAAAUCAUCUAAUUGCAACAGAAAUGCAUUGCUGUUGUUGAAACACUACAAAAAACAACAGAAAACUUGAAAACUCAAAUUUUUUGAUAUAACUUGUUAGAGAUUUAUAUAAACAAAAAAUGUCACAACUAAAUAUCAGCACAAGCAAGCGAGGGAGAGGAGUUACUGCAAGUACUUCAGCACCAGCAGCAUUAUCGACAUUAGGUGGCUCUACAGAUUUGGCAAGCUUAUUUGAGUGUCCUGUUUGUUUUGAUUAUGUGCUUCCACCAAUCUUGCAGUGUCAGAGUGGGCAUCUUGUCUGUACAAAUUGUCGACCAAAACUUUCUUGUUGUCCCACAUGCAGGGGUCCAUUGGGUAAUAUUCGUAAUUUGGCUAUGGAAAAAGUAGCAAGUAAUGUAAUGUUUCCUUGUAAGUACUCUACCAGUGGCUGUACAGUUUCAUUAGUACACACCGAGAAAGCAGAUCAUGAAGAUGCAUGUGAGUUCCGUCCAUACAGUUGCCCUUGUCCAGGUGCAUCUUGUAAAUGGCAAGGACAAUUGGAACAAGUGAUGCCACAUCUUAUAAUGAGUCACAAAAGCAUUACGACUUUACAAGGAGAAGACAUUGUAUUUUUGGCAACUGAUAUUAACCUCCCAGGAGCGGUGGAUUGGGUAAUGAUGCAAUCUUGUUUUGGCCAUCAUUUUAUGCUAGUGCUUGAAAAGCAAGAAAAGUAUGAUGGACAUCAACAAUUCUUUGCAAUUGUACAACUAAUUGGUUCGAGGAAACAAGCUGAAAAUUUUGCUUACAGGCUCGAACUAAAUGGACAUAGAAGACGUCUCACAUGGGAAGCAAUGCCGCGUUCUAUUCACGAGGGAGUGUCCUCUGCAAUUUUAAAUUCUGACUGUCUUGUAUUUGAUACUUCUAUUGCACAGUUAUUCGCUGACAACGGAAACCUAGGAAUUAACGUUACUAUUUCGAUGGCCUGAGGAAGGGCUGAUAAAGUCAGAUCAGUGUAAAAAAAAUUAAAUAUAAUUAUGCAGACAUAUCGAGCAGUCUUUUGGAUUAUGGGUGAACAUACUAUUGCUAUAGGACUGCUCGCUGUGCACAGAUAAUUCUUUUUACGUUACCAGAAUAUUUUAGCAAUACAAAGACGUUAGAAAAAAUGUUGUUUGAGGUAUAUCUUGGUGAUGCGCAGAAUUUGAAUACUUGAUACAAGACGCCGUUGAAAAGCUUUAAAAUAUACUUUCGUGUGUAUGAUAUUAACACUCAACGUAGAUACAUCACAUUCUUUCAUAUAUUCAAUUUAUAACUUUAAAGCUUUGACACUUAUAAUGAAUUCCCAGAAAAAGAGUACCUGAUAUCCGCGCUAUUGUUACAUUACUUAUUCAUUUUAUAUCAAGAAGUUUUUAUUACUAUUCCCUGAAAAAAUACAUUGCGUUAUACAUA